AUGGAUUUCCUUGGCGCUCUGGGCCGUGACUGCACCGCGGAGAGCGAUCCUGCUCCCCGUCCGCUUCCUCCUGCGCGCCCUGCUGCGAGCGUGCCUGUUGCUCCGCCGGCGUCCGCUGAUCAGAUUCGCCGCCGCUUCGAGAAUCAGCGGCGCGAGUUGGCUCCGCGCGGGGGCAGGUCCUCGUCACCGCGGGAGCCCCUGCGCGCGGUGCCCGUCGCGCGCUCCGGCGCAGAGGCUGUGGCGCACCCGGAGCGUUCGCCUCGCCGUCGUUCAUCGGCAGCUCGCGACGAUAAGCGGGAGAGCCGCCGCGACGAUCGUCACGGUGUGGCUCGUUCGCCUCGUCGCGCGGCAUCGCGGAGCCGGUCCCGUGACCGCCGCUCGCAUCGUCAUCGUUCGCCCGCUCACCGUUCAUCUCGUCAGCGAUCGCCCGCCCGCCAGACAUCUGGCCAUGGGCCCCCAGCUCCGCGUUCGCCCCCUCCUGCUAAGCGCCAGCGGCUCUGCUCUCCUCGUCGCGGGGACCGUUCCUCUGGCCGCCAGCGUCAGCAAGGCCCAUCUCGCCCGCAGUCGCCUGUGCGCUCGAACGCAAGUGGGCGUGCGCGUCGUGGGCGACGGGGAGGUUAUGGUCUCGGCGGAAACGCGCGUCCAGCGCCGUCCGCAGUGGAGCGCCGACUUUUGGAUAGGCUUGAUGACGUGGAGAAGGAGCUUCGUCGCUCGCGUGCGGGGUCGGCGUCACCAUCAGCUCCUCGCGCUGUUCCCGUCGUCCCUCUCUCCGCGCUCCUGCCCCACAAUCCUUUUGGAUCCCCGGCGCGCUCAGAGCGGCCGCUGCCUGCGGGGAUGGGCUUCGUAGGCGCUGGUGGUGGGCCGCCGUGGGCUCAAUUUGCUCCGCCGUGUCCUCUUCCUGCUCCGCGCGAUCUCGCCUUGUCAUCUCACCGUGCCCGCACGUCUGCGUUUCCUCCACCGAUGAAGAAAGUUACCAUGGCGACCCUGGCCCGCCUAUGGUCGCUGGCGGCGUCCCUCCAGGGCCUUGAGCGGAUUCUCCAGGAGUCAUAUGACUCCAUGCCGGUGAGCCCUCCGAGCAGGUUCUCUCAGAAACCGCGAGCUGAUUGUCAUGCGGCGGCGUCAGCGCUAUUCGCGCUCGUAACGCCACUGCAGGUAGAGCCCUCGCCGGGAGCAACCUCGGCCAGCCAGCUGGCUGACUCGGCCCUGGCUCUGAGGACGCUUGUAGCAGGUCCUGGUACUCCUGUUGACGUUGUAGUCGACGUGUGUGGGUCGUACUUCAAGAACCCCUGCUACGUUGGCACGUGCAUCAACGAUCUCAAGGGCUCCUACUCCUGCAUCUGCCCUUCCAGCCACAUUGAAAGAGCUACAAAUUACGGCUUCCCCACCUGUGAACCAGGUGAUGCUUCAACCAUCUAG